GCAGUUUCUCCCCGACAAGCAGCUGGUGAAGAAGAAAUUAUAACUCGAUCGGGAAAGGUUCCUUUAGUUUUUUUUUCUUUUCUCUCUCAAACGAUAUGGCACUUCGGUUCGAUAAGAAUAAGGUUCCACACAUUGAUUUGGGAAGUAAUCUUCAAAUUUCGUUGGAUUUUACGGAGUACAAUGAUAAGCAAUCACUUGAUAAAGCUUGGCAAGAGCUACAUGAAACUUCCGAAACGAUCGAGGUCCGCCUGAAGGAACUGAGGCAGCUGUUGAAAAAUGAAAAAGACCUCAACAUUCCUAUUGAUGAUGAUGCCUUUUUAAUAAGAUUUCUUCGACCUCGGAAAUUUCAUGCCGAAAGAGCAUUUGAAACGAUCAAAGGAUAUUACAAAAUGAAAGCCAAUAAGGAUUUUGUGCUUGAUAACAUCUCUGCGAAGGCCAUCAGCGUGGCUUUGGAGGAACGUGUUAUACAGCUCUAUCCACUCCGAGAUCAGCAUGGACGCAGGAUCGUCUACAUGGAAGCAGGAUCCAACUGGAACUGCUCCAAGGUUCCCUUUCCGGAGGUAAUUCGAGCCACACACGCUCUGCUCACGCUGCUGUCGCUGGAACCGCGCACCCAGCUGAACGGAAUCGUCUUCAUUGUAAACUUCGACAGGUUAAGCUUCUCCCAUCUGGGCCAGUUCAAGCCGAAAUUUAUGAACAACGUGCUCGACUACGGCCAACGGUACGCUCCGAUGCGUAUCAAAUCGAUCAAUAUCAUCAACAAUACGACCCUGUUCAACAUUCUGUUCCAGGUCUGUAAACCCUUUCUCGGGCAGAAGUGGGGUCAACGGAUUCACUUUCAUGGCAGCAGCAUCGAGGCACUGCAUAACCAAAUUGAACCGCACUGCUUGCCAGCGAAGCUGGGUGGAUGCAUGGAUUUGAUUGACUACGAGGGUAGGGUGCUGGUGGAAUUUUUGGAACAGUUUCAGGAUAAAUUCGACGAACUCAACUGUUAUGGGUACAGACAGAAGGACAAAUGAUAGUUGAACGAAAGCUGUUCAGUAUUUACAGAUACAUCAAAAUUUAAAUAAUCAUGAAUGUUAUUCACAACAGAUGAAUAAACAGCGUUAAAAAA